AUGUACGAGCGAAUCUACAGCGGGCCCAUCUCGAUUCGGUCCGAUUUGAGUGCAGCAGCGUUCUUCAUGGUCGGGCUCGAGCUGAGAUACUUGCGACGGGGAGGUUCUCAUGCCCUGUCACGGCACACCCUCAUGGCGCCCGGUCGCCGUGAGACCUGGCGGGCCGUGCGCGCGCGCGGCGUCUGUGGUGCUUUUGGCUUGUGGUGCCUGCUGUGCCUGUGGUGCCCUCCGCUCGCGGUGCCUCUGGUGCCCAACCUCCUGCAGGCACCGCUCAAGUUUAAUCAGGUCGACCUCAGCGCUGCGCUCGGCGCCCUGAUUCCGUCGCAGCCCGCCACCCCGUGCCCAUUCCCGGCCGGGCCGCCCCCCGGCGACUGGGGCAUCUUCCCGGGGGCGGCGGCGAAGGGCCGCGCGGUUCUGUCCCCGGCUACGGCGGGGCCCUCGGAGCUGAGCCCGCCGCGCCGCCCGCCAACGAGGUGGAUCGGCGCUGGGCCAGAGUCCCCGCCGUUCCCGCCGCCGCCGCCGCCUCCGCCGCCGAAAGCGAGCGCGGCCGACGCCGCCUACACAGGGGCGGCGGCGCCAGCCACCCCGAAGGCCGCGGCGGCCUCGCCCCCGGCUAGCCCGCUGCCCGCGUCGCCGGGCCCGCCGCUUCUGAGCCCGCCGCCCCUUUCGCCGGGGUGGGAGCCCCGGCGUGACUCGGGCAGCGGCGCUUUGUAUUUUCAGCAUCGCAGCUCAGGUCGCACUCAGUGGGAUCAUCCGGGCACGGCGCUCGUGCCCAUGGCAGCCCCGAUGGCCGUGGCCGGCGCUCCCGCGGCUGUCGGGGGCGCCGCAGGUGGGCACGCCCCAGCCGUGGCGGGCGCCGCAGGUGGGCCGACCGCGCCCUUGGUCAAGGCGCUCCCGCCCAGUUCCUCUUCGCAGCCCGCUUCGAGCGCCCUGAAGGACCACGCCACUGAGCUGGCAGCUUUGCGCCAAGAGCUCGAGCAGCUCCAAGUUGCCCGCGCAGGCUGGGAAGAGCUGGUCGGCGCGGGGGAGCGCGUCCGAGCGUGCGAGGAGGAGCGCGUCCGCGCAUGCGCGGCUGUGGCUACAGUAGUGCGGGGCGUCUGCGGGACCCUGCCGCCAUCCCAGCCCGCGCCGCUGGCGUCGCCCCCGCGUGCGCUUCCGCCCGCCUUGUCGCCGCUGCUCUCGGUGCCUAUGGCCGCGCCCCAGCACGCGCCGCAAUUGUCUAGCGCAGCUCCCCCGCCCCUUGCGGCGGGCCCCCCCGGGCCCCCCAGUGCGCUGCCGUUGCUUGACCCCGUUGGCUCGGCCGCGGCGGCGCCUGACCCGCGCCAGUUUGCCGCCCUCGGGAGCGAGGCUGAGCUCCGCGAGGCUGUCUCCGGCUGGCUGUACAAAGUCCGCGAGUCCUUCGGGCCAAAGCCCGGGGACGGCCGCGCGAAGAUCGCGGUCUAUUUCGCCUCCCGCUGCCACUCGGAGGUUGACCUCCACAAUGCUGUCAUGGCGAUGGGGGCGGCGAUUCUGGCCGGCAUGCGCCGCGGCGGAGCAGGGAAACAGGUGACCGCAGUGCCCCCUUUCGCCCUUGGGACCGGUGACUUUUCACAGCCUGGCUUAGAUAUCACGUAUUCUAAACAGCUUCGCACGCAGGGGAGUCGCGAGGCUGGGCCCCUGAUCGCUCUUGGCCGGCAGCUACGAGCUUUCCUCGCCGAAGAGGUCGCCCCCCCAUUACGUCCUGCGCGCGGGGACCCACCGCUCGUGAUCUCGCCGUUCGCGGGCCCAGCGCUGGCUGCCGACGCCGCCGGAGCUGUGGGCCCGCCGUUGGAGUUGUCAAGCCAGCAGCCCUUGCGCAUGGCCGUUUUAAACCCGGGCUGGUGUGGCUUGCUCGCCCUCGGCACAGACGCGCCCUUAGAUUGGCGGUUGCAGGCCAUGGCGCAGCUUCUGCACGAUGAGAAUAUCGAUAUUUGCACCACCCCCGGUGCGCGAUUCCCGCCGGGUGCGGCGCUGCCGGCAGGGUACCCGUACUGUUGGCUGGGCGAACGCGAUGCUGUGCGCUGCCUCGCUCAUCGCGUGCAACCCGCCGGUGCCCACGCACGAUUCUGGCACGUGAACUACCUUGUCCUCGCGGACUUGGGCCAACAGAUCUCCGUUGCUGUCAAGGAGGCCGUGGCCGUGGCCUCUGACCACCGCCUGCUGUGCUGGUCAAUGCCGUGCCAGUGUGACCGCUCCGCGCACGUAGGCCAGGCCUCUGUCGCCCAGCGCCGCGUGCUCCUGGACGUGGCCGCGUGGUCACGUGACGUGCUAUACACUCUUGCGGGCCACGCUGCGGGGGUCACCCGUGCGGUGACGUCGGCGGCGUCUCGCAAGCGACGCCGGCCCGUUGGGCCAGCCUCGGCGGAUUUCUCUGAUCACCAGGCUUUUAAGAAAGCGGCCACGCAGGCAGCCUGGGAUGCUAGGAGGGGCGCGGCCCAACGUUUUCUCCACCUUCGGGCUUUGAACCCUGGGGCUGCGGAGCGCUUCCUGUCCUCAUUCUUCGCCGGCCAAGACAGGUUUGAGAUCGCACUCGCCGACCCUGCCACGGGACGGGGAUUCAGUGCCGACGAGAUGCUCCAAGCCAUCGAGCAGGAUCUGCAGGCGAGGGCCUCCAACAACUUUCCACAUGACCGUGAGGCAUGCCUCGCCACCGCACGGGCGGUGUCCGCCGUUCGCCAGAGCGGCGCGGCUCGUGCUGGCACCGGUCUCUCCACCAGGGGCCGGCGCCUUUACUCCAUGGCUGAGCUUGCGGACGUUUUAGAGACAUUUAAAGUGGCAUCCAGCGCGCUACGUGGCUGUUAUGCCUCCGUUAAGUCACCAUGCGUGCAGGGCCGGCGCCUCACGCUAGCGUUGGCGAAUCUCUCUAGGUCCUGUGGUCUCACCAGCACAUGCUGGUCCGCGAGGCAAUUUACACCGCUUCACAAGUCGGGCCCCCGCGUGGUGCGUGAUGUCGCGUGCCUCCAGCCCAUCUCGAUCUCCACUGUCAUGUCUGCGGUUGUGGACGCCCUCUGGACACAGCGCAACCGCUCUGUGCUCACGCAAUAUUGCGGCGCUGGCCAGCAGGGCGGGGUCGGGGACCCCUUGCUUGUGUUGCUAGCGCUGCUGCUCCACGCGCAGCUCCGCGGCGCUCAAGGGCCCCCCACGUACUGGGCGCUUACUGACCUUCGCUGGGCCUUUGAUGUGGCCUCGCAUGAUGCCAUGCGCCUGUCGUCGUAUCUUGCUGGCGUGGUGGAGGACGAGUGGCUCUUGUUGGAUGAUUUCAUUCAGAUGGACAUCCAGGUUGUAGCCCUCCAGGGGCUGGCGUCUGAGUUUUUUCGGCUGCCCUGCGGCACCGCCCAAGGUAAGCGUUUUUCGGCGUAUGUGUUUAAUGCCGAGGUGAAGUGGCUAGCUGAUGCUGUAAUGGCUGUCCUGCCGCAGGGUUGUGCAACCUGGGUUCCGCCGGUCUACCGGCGCGCUUGUCCAGUUGGCGUGGACCCUCCCCCUCCCUUUCCACUCCGCCCCCCUUCACCCCCCUCCGUCGACGCGGCCGCGGCGAUCGCGACUAGCGUCUCCGCAACGGCACUGGGCGAGGGCGCGCCGUGGGCUCGAGCCGCGGCGGAACUGGCCGAGUGGGCGUGCGGAGGGGCCACUGAAGCCGAUCGUGCCGCAGCCCAGGACGCGCUGGGUGCGGAGCACUUGCAGCCACUGCAGUUCUCUGACGAUCUGACUGUCCCUUGCCCGUCCCCAGGCUCCCUCCGCGCCGUUGUAUCUGCCGAGCCAGACUCUGCGUGUAGCCGGUUUGCCCGCGCUGUCCGUGCCGACUUUAAUUACGCCUCUGGUAAAACAGCGGCCAUGGCCGUUGCUGGUAGCCCCGACCCCUGGUGGGUGGGCUGCCCCGUCGUGGACCAGAAGCUGGUGCUUGGCGUUCUCGUUGACGCCGAGCUCACCUUUCUACCCCUCCUCCGCUCUGUUUUGGCCCGCGGCCACGCGUUGUUUGAAGCGCUUUUCCACGCUGGGGAGAGCGGCGGAUUCGGCCUCCCCGUCCUUUCUGCGCAGGUCCCCCUCCGGGUCGAGAGCGCUAUCUUAUACCCUUCUCCUUUUCUGCUCUUGGCCCAUCGGGCUGAGUAUGAGUUGAAUCGCAUGCAGGCCGCGUGGGCUAGGAGGCUCCUGGCGUGCACCACUGGCCCCCCUGUGCCAGGCGAGGUGGUCGUUGCGCAAUGCGGCUGGACGUGCCGGUUGGGCACGCGGAUGCUCGAGCGAGCAAUCAUGGCGCGCGCCCGACUUUUGGCGCAGCCUCCUGACCACCCCGGCACCCGCAUGCUCGCGCUGGCGCGCCGCCUUACGUGCGCCUCCUGGGCGAGCGCCGUCGCCGCCCGCAUGGCGGAGCUCACGCCACCUGUCCUGGACAUCGAUGUCCACCCAGCGUUCCGCCACCCUCUGCGUGGCGCCCAGGGCUCUCUGCAGUUGCGUAGGUCUCUGCUGCGUGACUUCAAACUCCAGGUGGUUCGCCCGGCCCUGCGGGCGCGCGAUCGGGCCGAGUUCCAACGCGCGACCGGCGCCUGCUUGCCCACGCUCGGGAUGUCCUUUGCUGUGCUCGUCCCCGAGCCCAACCAGCUACCGAUGGCCCUACUUCUGUUGGAUUUUGGGCCACAUAUGUGGCGCGACUUUCGCAUGUGGUCCGUAGCGCGUAUGUCCGGGGCAUGGCCCCUCCCAGUCCUUGGCGUGCCGUGUCUCUCCGUCGCUCUGGACCGCUGUGCUGCUUGCGGAGCUGCGCAGGUGGACAUUGCCCAUGCUAUUUGCGGCUGCCCCAGGCAGGCCGCGCAGCGUGCCGAUUUGGAGUCUCGCGCCCUGCUCCCGCCGCUAUCGCACGCAGCCAUGUACAUGUACCAGCUCUUCCGCGAGGGGCCGCCGCCUGAAGAGAGGUGGCACCACGUUCUCUACGUGGCGCGCGCCUUGCACGACUCGAUAGGUGCCGGUCGGGGAGGGGUCGCACUGGCCGCGAGGUCUCCUGUAGCCUUCGUUUUCGAGCGCCUGUGCGGCGUCGGCGGCGGCGUUGUCGAGAUUGCCUCUACAGCCUGGCUGGUUGCCACGGGGGAGGUGUCUGACUACAGCUUUCUCGACAAGGCACCACCCUGGUGA